GCGGUCCCUGCCCGACAAAGUGCUGGCGAGCUGCGACGUGACUACCCGGGCGCGUGGGUUCCCGGGCGAGCAGACGAGGCAGCCGGUGAAGGACGCUACCUGGACCCUGGGCCCUGCGGGACUCCAGCCGCGCUGCCGCGUCACGUUCACGCUCGGCGCCGCGAGCCGCGCAUAACGAUAUUUGGAUUUGAACUGCAUUUUGGGAUUUAUCUACACCAAAAAUGCCACCGGCAGUUGGAGGUCCAGUUGGAUACACCCCCCCAGAUGGAGGCUGGGGAUGGGCAGUGGUAGUUGGAGCUUUCAUUUCCAUCGGCUUCUCCUAUGCGUUUCCCAAAUCUAUUACUGUGUUCUUCAAAGAAAUUGAAGGUAUAUUCAAUGCCACCACCAGUGAAGUGUCAUGGAUAUCUUCCAUCAUGUUGGCUGUCAUGUAUGGUGGAGGUCCUAUCAGCAGUAUCCUGGUGAAUAAAUAUGGCAGUCGUCCAAUCAUGAUUGUUGGCGGUUGCUUGUCAGGCUGUGGCUUGAUCGCAGCUUCCUUCUGUAACACUGUGCAGGAACUUUACUUGUGUGUCGGAGUCAUUGGAGGUCUUGGGCUUGCCUUCAACUUGAAUCCAGCUUUAACCAUGAUUGGCAAGUAUUUCUACAAGAGGCGACCGUUGGCAAAUGGACUGGCCAUGGCAGGCAGCCCUGUGUUCCUCUCUACCCUGGCCCCCCUCAAUCAGGCUUUCUUUGGUAUCUAUGGCUGGAGAGGAAGCUUCCUAAUUCUUGGGGGCUUACUAUUAAACUGCUGUGUGGCUGGAGCUCUGAUGAGACCAAUAGGGCCCAAGCCAACCACUGCAGCGAAAUAUAAGUCUAAAGAAUCCCUUCAGGAAGCAAAAAAGGGGGCAAGUGAUGCAAAUACAGAUCUCAUUGGAGAGAAUCCGAAAGAAGAGAAAAGAUCAAUCUUCCAAACGCUUAAUAAAUUCCUGGACUUAUCCCUGUUCAAGCACAGAGGCUUUUUACUCUACCUGUCUGGAAAUGUGCUCAUGUUUUUUGGACUAUUUACACCUUUGGUCUUUCUUAGUAAUUAUGGCAAGAGUCAGCAUUACUCUAGUGAGAAGUCUGCCUUCCUUCUUUCCAUUCUGGCUUUUGUUGACAUGGUAGCCAGACCUUCUAUGGGACUUGUAGCCAACACAAAGUGGAUAAGACCUCGAGUUCAGUAUUUUUUUGCUGCUUCUGUUAUUGCAAAUGGAGUUUGCCAUCUGGCAGCACCUUUGUCCUCUAGCUAUAUAGGAUUCUGUGUCUAUGCGGGAUUCUUCGGAUUUGCAUUUGGGUGGCUCAGCUCAGUAUUGUUUGAAACGCUGAUGGACCUUGUUGGACCCCAGAGGUUCUCCAGUGCUGUGGGAUUGGUGACCAUUGUGGAAUGCUGUCCUGUCCUGCUGGGGCCACCACUUUUAGGUCGUCUCAAUGACAUAUAUGGAGACUACAAAUACACAUACUGGUCAUGUGGCAUAAUCCUUAUUGUCGCAGGCAUCUAUCUUUUCAUCGGCAUGGGCAUCAAUUACCGACUUCUUGCAAAAGAACAGAAAGCUGGGCAGCAGCAGAAAAAGGAAAGUAAAGAGGAGGAGACCAGUAUAGAUGUUGCUGAGAAGCCAAAAGAAGUUACCGAUGCAGCAGAAUCUCUGGAGCCUCAAGGCAUAGAAGGAGGCCCCAAAGAGGAGGAGAGUCCAGUUUGAGCCUGUGGGGCUGAUGGGUAAAUGGAGCAGCUCAUGACCCCAAAUGUUCUGUUGGCCUGUGAUCUACCAGUGGUGCUCAAUGCAAAUACUGGACAUUUCUGUGGGAAUCAUACCAGGGGUUCACUGAUGGAAUUUUUGUUUCACUCCGUACCAGUAGCCUGGCCUAAAAAUGUCAUAGCCUUUGGGAAGGAAGUGGUUGAAAAAGAGUGAGAGAAGGAAGUCGGUUUGUGUGUUUGUUUGUUUGUUUAAAUCUUUGCUUUUAACAGUGUCAUGAUAAUGUGCUGUGAUAGUGUGAUAAUAAUAUGUGCCUUAAGUUUUAGUCUUUAGGGAGCCUUAACUUUUAAAACCAUUCUGCUUAAUUCAUCCAUUUUAAGUGUUCCGUUACAAGGAAAAGUAACUAGUUUGAGGCAAAUCUAAAAUUUAAAAUUAAUCUUGCUUCAUUGUUAUUUGUAAUAAUAGUGUCAGACAUUGCCACUAGAAG